AGAAAGCAGAGAGAUGACGUCCCAGAAGAGAUUCAUCAUCGAGGUGGAAGCUGCUAAGGAAGCCACCGAUGGAAAACCCUCCAUUGGUCCUGUCUAUCGCAGUACUUUCGCCAAAGACGGUUUCCCUAACCCUAUCGACGGGAUCGACAGCUGUUGGGAUAUUUUCCGCACGGCUGUUGAGAAAUAUCCAAACAAUCGCAUGCUUGGUCGACGUGAGAUUGUGAACAACAAGGCAGGAAAGUAUGAGUGGAAGACAUACAAAGAAGUAUAUGACAUUGUCCUAAAACUUGGAAACUCUCUCCGUAGCUGCGGGAUUGAGGAGGGAGGAAAAUGUGGUAUUUAUGGUGCAAACUGUCCUGAGUGGAUCAUAAGCAUGGAGGCAUGCAAUGCACAUGGGCUCUAUUGUGUUCCUUUUUACGAUACUUUAGGCUCUGGUGCCGUGGAGUUUAUUAUUUCCCAUGCAGAAGUUUCCAUUGCUUUUGUAGAGGAGAAAAAGAUUCCUGAGCUUUUUAAGACAUGUCCAAACUCCACAAAGUAUAUGAAAACUGUUGUGAGCUUUGGCGGUGUCAAAUCGGAACAGAAAGAAGAAGCUGAAAAGUUAGGACUGGUAAUACAUGCUUGGGAUGAGUUCUUGAAGCUGGGUGAAGGUAAGCAGUAUGAUCUUCCUGUUAAAAAGAAAAGCGACAUUUGCACAAUUAUGUAUACUAGCGGAACCACUGGUGACCCAAAAGGAGUUCUGAUGUCAAAUGAGAGCAUUGUUACCAUAACAGCUGGAGUGAGGCAUUUCCUAGCGAUUUUUAACGAAUCCCUUACUGAGAAAGAUGUCUACAUAUCUUAUCUUCCUCUUGCGCACGUCUUUGACCGGGCUGUGGAGGAGUGCAUUAUUCAAGUUGGUGGUUCAAUCGGUUUCUGGCGCGGGGAUGUGAAGUUGUUGAUUGAAGACCUUGGUGAGCUAAAGCCAAGUAUUUUCUGCGCUGUUCCUCGUGUCCUAGAACGAGUAUACACAGGUCUGCAGCAAAAACUAUCCGAUGGUGGUUUCUUCAAAAAGAAAGUUUUCAAUGUUGCUUUCUCCUAUAAAUUCGGAAAUAUGAAGAAGGGGCAGUCUCAUGUCGAAGCAGCUCCAUUCUGUGACAAACUUGUCUUCAACAAGGUUAAACAAGGACUGGGAGGAAAUGUGAGGAUUAUUCUAUCUGGAGCAGCUCCUCUUGCUAGUCACAUAGAGUCAUUUCUUAGAGUUGUGGCAUGUUGUCAUGUUCUACAAGGAUAUGGUCUAACUGAGAGCUGUGCUGGUACUUUUGUUACCUUCCCUGACGAACUUGACAUGCUUGGAACUGUUGGUCCACCAGUGCCAAACGUGGAUAUUCGCCUAGAAUCUGUCCCUGACAUGGAAUACGAUGCUCUUGGAAGUAUUCCACGAGGCGAAAUCUGCAUCCGUGGGAAAACUCUGUUUUCUGGAUACCACAAACGUGAAGACCUCACCAAAGAGGUUCUUAUUGAUGGAUGGUUUCACACAGGUGAUAUUGGUGAGUGGCAGCCAGAUGGAAGCAUGAAGAUAAUUGACCGGAAAAAGAACAUCUUCAAACUCGCGCAAGGGGAGUACGUUGCAGUUGAGAAUUUAGAAAAUGUGUACGGUCAAGUAGAAGCCAUUGAUUCAAUAUGGGUGUAUGGGAACAGCUUUGAGUCCUUCCUUAUAGCAGUCGCUAACCCAAGUCAGCAAACUCUUGAACGCUGGGCCGCGGAGAAUGGAGUGAAUGGAGACUUCGACUCUAUAUGUCAAAACACAAAAGCAAGAGCAUUCCUACUUGGAGAACUCGUUAAGACAGCCAAAGAGAGAAAGUUGAAGGGUUUUGAGAUCAUUAGAGCUGUUCAUUUGGAACCUGUGGCUUUCGACAUUGAAAGAGACCUUCUUACUCCUACCUACAAGAAGAAGAGGCCUCAAUUACUCAAAUACUAUCAGAAUGUGAUUGAUGAUAUGUACAAGACUGCAAAGGAAGGUCAAGCUUCAGUACAGUAGAUCCCUUCUACAUUCUAGUUUCAUUCAUUCUUUCUUUUUCAUGAUCAGGCAUGACUUUCUUCAUUUACGUUUCUCUAAAUAAGGUUUUGUUAAUGUCUUUGAGAUGCUGCAUAGCAUCUUAACAUACUACAACAUGUCUUACUCUAUAAUUUUAUUUCAAAAUUUCAUGUUCCUAGACAUUGUACGAACUUUAUCCCGAUAUCUUAUAAACA